AUCGCCCGCACGAGGUCAGGUCUCGCCUGACUACCCAGAGAUACGCGAUGGAGUGGCGGACUUGUGCGGCAACGCGGAAGCGGCGUUCCGCUGUGAAGGGGGUUUAGACCUGGAUUUCCCACCGGACCUGCUGACGGGAGCUGCUUUUAACGAC